CUGCAGUCUGAGUAACACUGUCGUUUGUGCUUUUUGGUUGUCAGCCAGUACUGCAGGACCUGUACAGUUUCUAAUAAUGCACUGUUUUGUUUUUGUUUAAGCUGCUUCAGUGAAAUAGCAUCCCCUCCUUCAUGUUUACGUGUUUACAUUAAGAAGACCCCUCCACUACCCUCGGUAUAGCAGAUUGUAAGGAUGGAAUUUGCUGAGUUGAUAAAGACCCCACGGGUGGAUAAUGUUGUCCUGCAUCGGCCCUUCAUGCCAAGGGUGGAGGGGACACUCUGUCUAACCGGCCACCACCUCAUUCUCUCCUCUCGACAGGACAGCAAUGAGGAGCUGUGGCUGCUGCACUCCAACAUAGACUCAAUUGAGAAGAGGUUUGUGGGCUCAUUGGGAACCGUUAUUGUUAAAUGUAAAGACCUGAGGAUAAUUCAGCUGGAUAUUCCUGGCAUGGAAGAAUGUUUAAACAUUGCAAGUUCUAUUGAAGCACUGUCUACUCUGGAUUCAGUCACCCUCAUGUACCCCUUCUUCUAUCGGCCCAUGUUUGAGGUGAUUGAGGAUGGAUGGAAUACCUUCCUUCCAGAACAAUCAUUUAAGCAAAUUGAAUCAUUGACUGACGAGUGGAGAUUGAGCUAUGUGAAUAAGGACUUCAGCGUCUGCCCCUCCUACCCCCCCGUUCUGGCCGUGCCCAAGUCCAUUGACGACGAGACAAUCCGGAAAGUCGCCACCUUCAGACAUGCUGGCCGCUUCCCUGUUCUCAGCUACUACCACAAGAAGAACGGCAUGGUCAUGAUGCGGAGUGGGCAGCCUCUCACCGGCAGCAAUGGACGGCGCUGUAAAGAGGAUGAGAAACUGAUUAAUGCCACACUGAGGGCAGGAAAGCGUGGCUACAUCAUCGACACCCGCUCAAUUAACGUAGCGCAGCAGGCCAAAGCCAGGGGAGGGGGCUUUGAACUGGAGGCCCAUUACCCGCAGUGGAGGAGGAUCCACAAGACGAUUGAAAGGUCUAACAUUCUACAGGAGAGCUUGAUUAAGCUAGUAGAAGCCUGUAAUGACCAGUCUCACAAUAUGGACCGCUGGCUUAGCAAGUUGGAGGCCUCCAGUUGGCUGACCAACAUCAAGGAAAUACUCACCACAGCUUGUCUGGCUGCACAGUGCAUUGACAGGGAGGGUGCCUCGGUGCUGGUCCAUGGAACUGAGGGGACAGACUCCACACUGCAGGUGACCUCACUGGCACAGAUCAUUCUCGAUCCGACCAGCAGGACAAUCCACGGCUUUGAGUCUCUUGUGGAGAGAGAGUGGCUACAGGCAGGACACCCAUUCCAGCAGCGCUGUUCCCAGUCUGCCUACUCCAACAGCAAGCCCAAGUGGGAGGCGCCUGUUUUCCUGCUCUUCCUGGACUGUGUCUGGCAGAUCUUGCGCCAGUUCCCAUGCUCCUUCCAGUUCAAUGAGCACUUCCUCAUCUUUCUCUUUGAGCAUACCUAUGCCUCCCAGUUCGGCACCUUUUUGGGGAACAAUACCUUUGAGCGGGGAAAGCUGAAGUUGCCACAGAAGACAGUGUCGCUGUGGUCCUGGGUGAACCGGCCCCAGGACAUGGAAAGGUUUCUAAACCCCCUGUUUGAAGCCAACAGCCUGGUCAUCUGGCCCUCCGUUUCCCCACAGAGUCUGCUGCUUUGGGAGGGUGUGUUCCUGCGCUGGAACCGCAGUUCCAAGUGCCUGGAUGAAGCGUAUGAAGAGAUGAUCCACAUCAUUGAGUACAACAAGGAGUUGCAGAGCAAGGUGAACACACUUCGCAGGCAGCUGGCUGAACUAGAGACUGAGGAUGUCCAACUGGAGACCCCAUAAACCAUGACACACAAGCUCUCAGUUCUUCAUUUAAAUUACACUAGGAUCUCCCCCUUCCCCUUACAAAACACUAGAAUCACAGAGAUGCACAGGGACUUCCUUCCAGCAAGAAAGAGGUUGAGCAGCCAUUCCUCAGUCCAUGAAAUUUAAAAUAACAAAGAAUUUAUGUUCUCCUCUCAGUUAGAAGACAGGUAGAAUAGAUUUGUAAUAAUUAAGGAAAUGCAGUGUGUGACCCUGAGCAGAUCUCUUUCCUUGUGUCUCCAAAUUCAGAACUAAAUAAGAAUAAAAUCCAUAAAAAAAUAGUUUGUGGAGAAUAUAUUAAUAGAUUUCUAAAUGAAGCUAACAGCUAAUAAACAUUAUAGUUCUUCAUGUUGUGUGCAACACUGGCUAGUGGUUGUUUUGGGGGUGUGGCAGUACAGUAUGAUAAGCCUUGGGGUUAGAAAGUCCAUUUGCACAUGAAACAUAUGUGAUAAGGAAACUGGUAGAGUGAACUAACAUAACAAGGUGGUCAAGCUGUACUCUUUACAAAUGUUACAAAUUCAAAUUGAUUUAGCUUGUUUCCAUUUUAAAGAAUAAGGGUACAGAAAAUACAUUUUAUUAUAGUUUCACCUUUGACUUUGGAUUCUGCAUGAACUAACAUUGUAGGAAUUGGAAAGUGAUGUAGAUGAUGAGAUGCGUUGCAGUUGGAACGAGGCGUUUUCUUGUAAGACCAGUUACGAACACACUUUUACACAUUGGUUGGAAUUCACAGCUGCCAUACGAGUACAAAAAAUCCAAAACAUGAAUGAAGGUUCUGCCCACAUUUAAAUGGUUUAAAUUGGAGCUCAUUUUAAGGUGUUUAUAAAACACUCCAGUUAUUGUAUCUGAGCACAGGUGUGCAAACACUGAUUUUGUUAACAACUUGCCGCUAUACUCGAUUGCUUUCAGUUUGAAUGUAAAACUGAAACAGGUUGAUGGGCAGUAAAGUCAUCUUGGGAGCAAGCAUUUAAGCUUCCCAGUUCAUUCAUUAAUUUGUGAAAGAUGUAUUCACUUUUAUUUCAGAUGACUUGACAUUAAGCUGAACAUGCAUCACUUUGGUUCUCCCCAUUUAGAAAUCAUUACAAAGUGCUUUUUAAGAACUGUCUAAGAAAUAAAUACCCUAAGAUGUUGUCAUCCUAUUUGCAUUGUGUAAUGAGGUGAUAGGAGGUAAUCCCUAAUGUUCUAAAGCUGAUUCUUUUUGUUUUGUUUGUUUUUACCGUAUUUAUUUAUGCAUCUAACUCAACUGGACAUGUGGCCAUUCUACACCAAUCUUCUUUUUUAAGUCUUGAUUUAAAGUCACUGUAUUUCAGUAAUUGAUGUUUGUGUAAUUGGGAGCACUGUAGAAUAGACUCAUCUGUCACAGUAUAUAAUUAACAUUUGUGUCUUAAGAAUAUUUAAUAGAAAUAUGCUUGGGAAUGUAUUUUGAUGUUGCUGUUUUAAACUUGUGUGUUUUCUGUUAUGUGUUGUAACAGCGCUAAAGCACUAAAAUGUACUGUGCAAUAAAUUGUCACCAAAUGA